CGCAGGCUGCGGGGCCGGGCCGGGCAGGGCCGCGCCGGGUCGGGCGGCUGGCGGAGGCUCCGUCCCGUCCCGUCCCGUCCCGUCCCGUCCCGUCCCGUCCCGUCCCGUCCCGUCCCGCAGCCGCCAUGGCAACGGCCGCAGGUCGCCUGGUGCCGAGCCCCGUCGGGGCUGCGGUCGCGGCCGAGCGGGCCCGGCACACCGGCGCCGCGGCCGGGCGGCCUCACCAGCGUCGUCGGGAGCGCUGAGGUCUCCUCGGCGGGUUUGCCCGGGAGAGUUUGCCCGGGCGGUCGCACGGCGGGAGUCGGAGCGUGCUGCGGGAACUCGCCGCGAGCUGACGCCGGUCAGAAGCCACGGGCGGUCGAGCCCCGAGUUGGUAACCUGGCGUUGUGGGACAGCGGUAGAUGAUCUGGAGAGAGAAGUGAACCAGUCGGUAAACCUUCCGUGUUAACUGACACAGCAAGGCAUCUUCAGCGUUUGGCUCGUUGUUGAGGGCAGCUGUCACCAGUAAAAUUAACUGGAUGUCAAAGGCCUCUUGAAUCAUCCCCUUAACUGUGUCAUCUCUGGUUGGAUUUGUCCACACUGUCUUGCUUGAAUUGGCAUGACCCAGUGUCCCCUGUCCAAGACCAGCACAUCUGCAGGAAGCAGAGCUGAGAGAUACUACAGUAAGAAAAACAGGAUGAUGGAUUCGGAAAGUUCUGCCCCACCAGGUUCAGAGGAACAUCACCUAAGCAACGACGUAAUGGCUACCUCUGGUAAACAUUACCUUUGUGGCUACUGUGCAGCUUUCACAAACAUAGCAGUGACUUUUCCCAUCCAGAAGGUCCUCUUCCGGCAGCAGCUGUAUGGCUUGAAAACAAAGGAUGCGGUCCAUCAGCUGCAGAAGGACGGCAUUCGCAACCUCUACCGUGGCAUCCUUCCUCCCUUGAUGCAGAAAACGACAACGCUGGCUCUGAUGUUUGGCUUGUACGAAGAUUUCUCCUCCCUGCUCCAUAGCCACACAAACUCCCCCGAGCUCCUCACUCGCAGUGUGGCAGCAGUGCUCGCGGGGACCACGGAAGCUGUUCUUACCCCCUUUGAGCGAGUUCAGACUUUGCUUCAGGACUACAAGCACCAUGAUAAAUUUACAAACACUUACCAGGCUUUCAAGGUGCUGAAAGUCUAUGGGAUUAGAGAGUAUUAUCGGGGAUUGGUGCCUAUUCUCCUCCGAAAUGGGCCCAGUAACGUACUCUUCUUUGGGCUGCGGGGACCUAUCAAACAGUUUUUGCCUGAAGCAACUUCGUACAGCACUCAUUUGAUCAAUGACUUUAUCUGUGGAGGGCUGUUGGGUGCCAUGCUGGGAUUCUUGUUUUUCCCAGUGAACGUUGUAAAGACUCGCAUGCAAGCUCAAAUUGGUGGCGAAUUUCAGUCCUUCUCCAAAGUUUUUGUGAAGAUCUGGCUGGAACGUGAUAGAAAACUGAUCCACCUUUUCAGAGGAGCCCACCUGAAUUACCAUCGUUCCGUCAUGUCCUGGGGCAUCAUCAAUGCAACCUAUGAGUUCUUGCUAAAGCUGUUGUGAAAACCACUCUCUUCCUUUGGCUCUUCUCUUCGUUUGGGGAUUGGCACAUAUGAUGUCACUUAAUCCCAGGGAACAGUGCCUGCCUAGUUAGUCUUGGCCUUCAAUAUUUACGGGGUGGAUGGUGAUGCAUCGAAACCUUGGUGCAAUUAAGAUGAACUUUUUAAAGUAUUUAUUUCCUGACAUAAUGGAGAUAUAAUGGAGAUAUAGACAAAUACAAGUGUUUUUGUUGUUUGUUUAGGUUUGUUUUUUAAAAAAAAGAAAAGAAAAGAAAAAAAGGAGAGACUUGUAUCAGUGCAGCAGCUUCUUCUCUAUCACUCCCAAAAUGUAUUAACACUCUGACGGAACGUGCUCCGCUGUCCUCAUUGUAGAACGUGACAAUCGAGGAGGAGGCUGAUGAAAAGUGAUUCCCUUGCCAGUUAAACUUCAAAAUCCUCAACUUGAGAACUGCAUUUUCAAAUGUUUUAGGGUCCUAAAUACUCCUUACUGUUUAAAGCUAAAAGGACAGAUCCAGAUGGGGAUGAUUGAAGUUUACUACUUCGAGCUUAAUCUAAGCCCACGCAAACCCUCCUGCCAGCCCUUUUGAUGCAUGGCUUUAAGAUGAACGUUUCAUUCAGCAGCCCAAGAGUAGCUACUGAGUGUUUACCUUCAGUGCAAGCUGACUCAGAUUCAAAGUGACUGUGUGUGUACGUGUGUGCCUUCAUGUGUAAAGGGAAAAGUGGAAGGAAUGAAACAGAAAAUUCACUAAAGCUUUAAAGUGUCCUUCCAUGUUAAAAAAAACCCCUUGUACUUGUAAACAUGGAGUCUGUUGCACACUUUUUGCCUUGCUGCUUUUUCUGUUGCUUACAGCUGUAGGGCCAGAGAGAAGACAUCCCUUUCUGUAAGUCGUGGAUUCCUGCAGCUCUUCACAAACACAGAGCUCUGUUGUACUUAGGUAUAUGGUAUUUUGCAAAUUACUUCUGUAUCAUCUGGGCUGUGGAAUAAUGGAUCACAGUAAGAUAUUUUACCUGCAACUUGUAGUUCUGCCUGCUUGAUGUGUACUCUUGAACAGUUCUAUAAGACAGAACUGUACAGUAGCACUGAUAAGAUGAGGUUUCUGGGUAUUACCCUCUUCAGUGGAGGUGAGUAAGUGUUGGAGAGGUUAACAGCCAAAGACAACCCUAGAAGCCACUAGGUAGGAAAGAUACAGCAUUUGGAGAUGUGUUUGAGCACUUCUGUAGGUGAGUGUUGAAAAAGACUUAGAGAAAAAUGAAGUAUUGUGUUUUAUGGGCUUGGGAAUUGAGAGAUGAAAGACUUCAGGCCUUAGAGAAAGGGACAGAAGAGCAAGCAUGACCAUGAAUCAGAUGCGGGUCUUAACAAAAAGCAUUUGAGUCUCCAGGGGGAUUUUAUUGUACAAAACUAUAUAAAUAAAACAAUUUUUUUGAACGAUGAGGGACAGGAAAGCUUUCAGAAACUGGUCUGAAUUGGUCUUUUCCUCAAGUUUUGGAUCAGCUAUUACUUUUCUUGAGUUUUCCACUUGCUGAACUGUCAUCACAUAUUGAUUGUAAUCAGUGUAUUUCCAUACUGUUGUCCCGAGCUUCACAGUCAAAAAUGACCAGGCACAAGUGAGCAUUCUUGUAUCCAAAUGUUGUGAUUAUUUGCAUCUAAAUAAAAUGUUUACUGAAUGUUUGUUACUGGCAGAA